UACAAUGUAAUACAGAAACGUAACUAAAAUUAUAAAUCAGGUAGCUUGCGUUUGGAGUGCGGUUGUUGUAUGACCCAGACCGUUAGCUAGCUAGCUUCAUGGAACGCUAGCAUAACGGGACAGUGAAAUAUAUAGCAGACAAACAUGAUGCUCCAGAAAUGUUAGGUUUAGAUAGUUAAUGUGUUCAUAGCACUUUAUUGUAAUUUUAGUUUGAGAAGCCAGUCAAAAGCUCUUGCGUGAGCAGGUUUGGCUCAGUUUUCAGUUUUACAGGAUAAAAUUGACACUUAUCGACAAUAGCGUUAAGUUUGCGUUAAAUUUAAUGUAAUUUGUAGCUGUUCGUCAAAAAUGUAUUAAAGCCAACCAGUCCAGAGCCACUAAACAAAUGGUGCGUUACAGUGAUCCAGGCUCUGGUGAUUAAUUGAGAGUCUCUGACCACCAACCGGAUUGAAAGCUUUAACUGGAGACUAACUAUGCCUUAUCUCUGAGAAUGGGAGGAAGUGGAUCCAAAGCCAAAGGUGUCUGGCCUUUCUCAGGCAGUGGAACAGGAGGCGAUUCAACCAGUGAUGGGAACGAGCAGUCUUUGGCUCGUCUUAAAGGUUCCAGAAAUGCAACACCAUUUGUUUUUACCAGGAGGAGUUCUUUAUACUACGAUGAGGACGGUGACCUUGCCCACGAAUUCUAUGAAGAAACUGUGGUGACAAAAAAUGGCAGAAAAAAGUCCAAGUUGAAGAGGAUCCAGAAGAAUUUGAUUCCACAGGGCAUUGUAAAACUCGACCACCCCUGUAUUCAUGUUGAUUUCCCCAUCAUCCUCUGUGAGGUGUGAAGCAUUGCACAGUACUGACCUACUAUGAAGUGCAGCCACAGGUACUCAUGUCGGAGCAAAGUCUUGUUCCAGUUACGAUGGAGACUGGAACUGUGGUCUGGAGAGGAGAGAAAAAUGAAAACUCAAACCAUCAUAUUAAAUUGAUAUAUUGAGUGAAAUGUCACACAUUUGAAUUCAUCUAUGGUCAGAGUGCCCUGUUCACUAAAACACAUAUUUUAAUAUU